UUUUCUCAUUUUCCCUCUUCACUCGUAAAGCCGCUACAACACCUUCUUGCAAGCCCUAGCGCAAGGAGCAGGGAAAAAAACAGGCAGACUUGAGACUCCAUUAAAGAAUUUUGAUCAAACCACCGCAGUAGCAGUCAUGGACGUGCCCCAGAGCGAUUUCGACCGCCUCGUGUUCUUCGAGCACGCUCGAAAGACUGCCGAGGCCAAUUACGCUAAGAAUCCACUCGAUGCAGAUAACCUUACGAGAUGGGGAGGAGCGCUUCUUGAAUUGUCACAAUUCCAAAGCGUCGCAGACUCUAAGAACAUGAUAAAAGAUGCCAUUUCGAAGCUGGAGGAGGCGUUGUCAGUUAACCCAAGAAAGCAUGACACACUUUGGUGCUUAGGAAAUGCACACACAUCUAAUGCCUUUCUAACUCCUGAGCAUGAGGAAGCCCAGACUUACUUUGAAAAAGCUUCUCAGUACUUCCAGCAAGCAGUAGACGAAGAUCCAGGAAAUGAGCUUUACCUCAAGUCUUUAGAGGUUACUGCUAAGGCUCCUGAACUGCAUAUGGAAAUCCACAAGCAUGGGCUUAGUCAACAGGCAACAGGAACAAGUGGAGGAUCUUCAACUUCUUCAAGUGCAAAGAGCUCAAAGAAAAAGAAAAGCAGUGACCUCAAGUAUGAUAUUUUUGGAUGGAUAAUCCUUGCAGUUGGCAUUGUUGCAUGGGUGGGUAUGGCAAAAUCUCAUGUUCCUCCACCACCUCCAAGAUAAGAACAGCAAAUAUUUUGGGCAUCUCUGGAGGCAAGCCUACUGCUGUUUGGAAUGUUUACACUGAGGUUUGAUUUUGGUCAAAAGUUUUCCAAGAUAAGCUCUGUAGAAAAUUUAGCAGUAUGUGGUCAACUAUCUGUAUGUUGUUUUUAAAUUCAAAGAGAUUACUUGGUGAUUGACAGAUUUCUGUUACAAAAUAUUAAUUUCCUCUUUUUUUUUUAAUUUUUUAUUUGAGAAGUUUCUCUUACACCCA